AUGGGCCAAGAAAUCAACAGUUCCUCUAACUCUUCUAUACAGGCAAUUCACAUAGGCCAAGGAUGGACAAAACCACCUCCAAAUCAAUUUAAACUAAACUUUGAUGCUUCGUGGAUUGAUGCUUUAAAUUCUGCUGGUUAUGGUCUAAUUGUUCGUGUUGAUACAGGAACUGCUACUCAAGCCAGAGCUGGGACUUUCCAAGCUUCAUCUGCAGAAGAAGCAGAAGCUAUGAGUCUGUUGGAAGCAACAAAGUGGGCACAGAGUAUGAACUUAAAGGACUUCUGGAUGGAAGACGAUUGUCAAAGACUGAUACACUAUGCUCAAGGCAAAGCAAGCAAUAUUUUUUGGAGGAACAAGACACUUAUAGAAGAAGCAAUGAAAAUCUUGCAUUCAUGUCAUCAUUUUUUGGGUCUUACUUACAUGAAUAGAAGAUGCAAUGUAGUGGCUGAUACCCUGGCAAAAGAAGCAAGAAAAAGACAUAUCCACAAGCAACAAUGA